UGCAAAAGGAUUUUUUCAAUCUUCAGAGCCCUGAGCAGUCGCUGUUUUUGUUGUUGUUCGUGUAGUAAAUUAAAAAAAUAAUUAAACAAAUAGGAAUAAAACGCUUUAAAGGCUACUGGAGAAGAAAACAAUAUGGAAAACAAGGGGGUUAGUGGACAACAACCUAGCCUGAGUCAAUAUUUUGCCAAUGAUCCACCAAGCUUCUUCGAUGAACUGGCCAGCAGCAAGCCUCAACAAAUGGAGACAGUAGGUGGUGACACUAUGACCUUGCCAGCUAAUCCUCAAGCAACACAGCAGACCCUAAACACAAAUCAAGUACCUUUAAUGGGCACAACUCCAGGUGGCAAUACAGUUUCCAGCAACGUUCAACCUGCUGCUGCCUCUACUGGCGUUAAUUUAACUUCGAAUACCUUUACGGGUGGUUUUAAAACACCCGAAUACAUAGAGAAUCAGGCUGAAUUGGAGGAGGAUAUGAAGAUUGCAGAUGACGUAAGGAAUUUCUGGGAGACACCUGUGACGCCAAAUGGCCACCCACCUCUGCUGACCACACCUGGCAUACAGACUGCCACAGAUUUGCCCGACUUGAUUGCCAAUGCUGUAUCCAAGCAUUUGGGUGAUGCUGAAUUGGGUCAUCGCAAAAUUCCCGGGGUCGAUAAUGUGACACAAGAUGAACGGGGUUUGAGAUCUCUCAUUGCCUCUGGCUGUUAUAGAUCUGCCAUUAAUUUAACCGGACGUUUGCUGACAAUAUAUGGUCAAGGUUAUGGACGUGCCGGUCAGCCGGCCAAACAUUCCCCACAUUCCCUGCAAUUGUGGUUUACACGUCUGGCCCUGCUGGCCAAGUUGGGGGAAUACGAAUUGCUGCAAAAGGAGGCGGAACCUUUUGAUAAAUUGAAUAAACCCGAUGUUUUCUAUGAGUUCUAUCCUGAAAUGUAUCCUGGCAAGACUGGUUCCAUAGCCUGCUUUUCAUUUCGUUUAUUAUUGGCUGAAAUGCCCAUCUAUUUGGGUAAUCCUCAAUUGGCCUUGGAUCGUUUAUCCGAGCUGUAUGUAAUAACAAAUGAAAUUAAGCUGUACUUUGCUGGCAAGAAUAUGAAAGAAGCCCAAGACUUUUGGAAGAAGAGGGAGUUUAAAAUCCUGCAUGCCAUCGUAAAUUGUGCAAUAAUUUUGAAAAAAUAUAACCUCAUUGAUGAUAUAUUGCGCAGCAUGAUCGCCGAUGGUGGUGAUUUAGAUAAGGAGGAAAGACGUGCUUUGUUUUCGGCCUGGGGUCGUAUAUAUUUACAAAUUGGUGAUGUUUUUGGGGCAGAGCAAAAGUUUGCUGAAGCUCGAAGGCUGAGAAAAAUUUACUCCCAGCCGGAUAUACGUGACUUGGUGGACAAGGGUCUUAUAACGGUGGCACAAAACGAUUUCCCCGAGGCCUAUGCCACAUUUCAAAAGGCAUUGCAUUUAGAAUCGGGCAAUACUAUGAUCCUCAAUAACAUGGGUGUGUGUCUACUCUAUGCGGGAAAACUGAAAGAGGCCAUAACCCUUUUUGAACGAGCCAUCAACUUGAAUCCACAAAAAUCCCUAAAUGAAAGUUUGCUGGUUAAUCUUUCAACCCUCUACGAAUUGGAAUCGAAUAAUUCCAAAAAUAAAAAAUUAAAUCUAUUACGUUUGAUUAACCGUUACAAACCCGAUUUGAAUAUUAGUUUAGAGAUCUGUUUAAAACUGCAAACUCCCAACUAGUCAAGGGUAGACCUGUUUUGUAUUUUUUAAGAAAUUUUUAAAAUUUGUAUUCCAACAAAAGACAAUUUUAGUUAAAGGAAAGUAUUUUUUUUUUUUGCAAAUAGUUUUUUAUCCAUCCAUCCGUUGUGUUUAAAUACCCUGUAGUUGUAUUAUGAUGUUAUUCUAAGUAUUUAUGUUUGGAAAAUUUUUUGUAUUUAUUUUGAAAGAAAAAAAUGAAAUAUUCAUUUUACAAAAGAAAAUAAAUAUU